UCGAUCGAUAUGGAAACUGUAAUGGCCAGAGGGAAUUCAGAAGCACCAACCGGCGGCUGCUCGCCCAGCCUCACAGCUCAGCAAAAUCUGCUCAUGAUCCAACAGCUAGCGCAACAGCAACAAGUGCAGGAGCAGAGUGUGUAUCACAAUUCUCUAACGCCGCCGGCGCUUCUCAUGUCGGAGGUGGGGCUAGCCUCGUUGCUCCUUCCGAGCCUGACAGGACAGCAAUUGACAGCGGCUGUUGCCCCGCCACAGGGCGACGAUGAAGGAGAAGUAGGCGGCGUCUGCGGCCGGUCGAAGGCGAAGUCGGCAAUGACGACGAAGGGAAAGAAGGUGAUGAGGCCAAGGUUUGCGUUCCGGACCAAGAGCCCCAGUGACAUCCUCGACGAUGGCUAUCGAUGGCGCAAGUAUGGGCAGAAGGCCGUCAAGAACAGCCCUCAUCCUAGGAGCUACUAUCGAUGCACUCACCAUACAUGCAACGUGAAGAAACAAGUCCAGCGGCAAUCCAAAGACACGAGCGUCGUUGUGACCACGUACGAGGGAAUACACAACCAUCCAUGUGAGAAGUUGAUGGAGGCUUUUGCUCCUCUCCUCAAGCAGAUACAAUUUCUUACUGGCCUCUGAGAGCUAGCCAUAUGCAUAUUCUCAAUAAUUAACAUUAGGAAUAGCAGAUCGAAAUAUAAUUAAAUAUGUUGACAAUAUUAAUAUUGUACAAACUACAAACUGAGCAUGACUUGAUGAACAACCCAAACGGGUGUUCAUGUGACCAUGGAGGGAGAAAAACAGACAAGAGUUUUUCAGUAUGCAUGGUCAGUCAGUCCCUUUAAAUGCCAUUUGGCUAUGAGAAGGACCUGGUUUUUCAGUUAGAAUGCAAAUUAAAGUGUUAGAAGAAGAAUUCGAUGAAUAUGGAUUAAUAUGUCUCUUGAUUUUAUGCUACAAUUAAUUAAUAUAUGUAUGUGUUGAGCCUCAA